AUGGAAAAGUCCCCAGAGCUGGCCAACUCAACCCGGGUCCAGUACUUCGUCCUCUUAGGCCUCUCCACCCGACUGAGCAUCAGAGCUGCCCUGUUCUUCGUCUUCCUCACCCUCUAUCUGCUGACACUGCUGGAGAACACGCUCAUCGUCUACCUGAUCAGCACCCACAGCGAGCUCCGCAAGCCCAUGUACUUCUUCCUGGCCAACCUCAGCUGCCUGGAGAUGAGCUACGUGUCUGUCACCAUGCCCACACUGCUGCUGGGGCUGUGGGCUGGGCCCUACCGUAUCCCCUUCACCACCUGCAUGACCCAGCUCUACUUCUUCAUCCUCCUCAUUGGCACCGAAUGCUUGCUCCUGGCAUCCAUGGCCUACGACCGCUAUGUGGCCAUCUGCCGGCCCCUGCACUACCCCCUGCUCAUGCGGCCCCAGGUCUGCAUGGCCUUGGCCAUGGCCUCCUGGAUGGGGGGACUGGUAGUCUCCGUGGCAAAGACCACCUGCAUUGCCAGCUUGUCCUAUUGUGGCCCCAACAUCAUCAACCACUUCUUCUGUGACGUCUCCCCGCUGCUCAACCUGUCCUGCACCCACGUGGCACUCACAGAGCUGGUGGACUUCAUCUCUGCCAUUGUCAUCUUCUGUGGAACUCUCCUGGUGGCCUUGGCCUCCUACAUGGCCAUUGGCAGGGCGGUACUGCGCAUGCCGUCAGCCGCUGCCCGGCGCAAGGCCUUCUCCACCUGUGCCUCGCACCUGGUGGUGGUGGGCAUCUUCUACUCGGUCGCCCUCUUCAUCUAUGCCCGGCCCAGCCGCAUCAAGUCCAUGGACCUGAGCAAGGUGCUGUCAGUGAUCUACACGGUGGCCACGCCCAUGUGCAACCCCAUCAUCUACUGUCUGCGCAACAAGGAGGUGCACGGUGCCGUGCGCAAGACCUUAGGCCGGUCCUGA